GCCAGCUCUCUGCCUCUGUUGUUGUCUGCUUGCUGGGGUCGCUCGCGGGUGUAUCACGCUGCCGGCGCUAAGUGGCCAGGACGACGCCGAAAAAUCGAACCUCGCAGCAGACGGCAGUCGUGGGCUGGCCUCGUCGCAGAUGACGGCAGUCGCCCCUCCUCCCAACUUCCAGCCCAUUUCUCGGACAGGAUGGAGCGCUCCUAACGGCGCCUCCAGCGGCCUGAGCUCCGUCAACGGUGACGAGUUCAGGAUGUAUAUGCCCCGGAAAAGCAUCCAGCGCCCGGCCUCGUCCACCUCUCUCGCGUCGAACGCAUCCUCGAACUCGACUAUAUCGACCGCAUCCACGCAGUCCAACGGCGUGCCUUCCUCCCCCGCGGUCGACGGCAACUGGGGCACGAGGAAGAAGCCGCAGCGAGGCUUGUGGCCGACGUCAAAGGCAGAACCCAUAUCAGGCCUCUCCACCGCACGGCCCCAGUCGAUAGCAUCUGCAUCGUCGACAUCCGCCGCCUCUGCCAUUUCCGCCCUCCACUCGCCAGCUCCAAUGGUUCCAUCACAGCAGCACAAUGGCCAGUCGCAAACGCAACAGAACGGCGCGCCACGGGCCCAAGGCCAGUCCGAGAGCCCGGCCAUUCUUCACCUCGUUCCCAUGAACGGCACAUUUGAGCGGAAAACAAUCACUGUGCCUUUUUUCCCCGACGUUCUACGCAUUGGCCGGCAGACGAAUAACAAGACGGUUCCAACACCGCUCAAUGGAUACUUCGACUCCAAGGUGCUCUCCCGACAACACGCAGAAGUAUGGGCAGACCGACACGGCAAGAUAUGGAUUCGUGACGUCAAGUCGUCCAACGGCACCUUCGUCAACGGCCAGCGGCUGUCUCAAGAGAAUAGGGACUCGGAUCCUCACGAGCUGCGGGAACAAGACAUGCUGGAAUUGGGUAUAGACAUCGUUAGCGAGGACCAGAAGACGAUCGUCCACCACAAGGUUGCCGCUCGGGUUGAACAUGCCGGCAUUUACUCCAACACCGGCAACAACAUGUUGGACCUCAACUUUGGGGAGCUCGACUCGCCAAUGAUGGCUAACAUCAUAAGCCCUGGCGGGCCACAAGGGAUGGGCAAUCUGAGAGGACGGCCUGGUGGGCAAGGCCAGAUGAACGGCAACCGCGUUCAAACACCUUCAAGCGCAAUUCCGAACAACAUGGGUCAACCAGGCCAGCAAAGGCACAUGAACUUCUGGCUGCAGCCUAUCUCGCUGGAACAAAUUGUCAAGAAGCUAAACACGGAGAUGAAGCAAGCUAAAAUACAGAAUCAAGACCUCCUACGGACAAACCAGUACAUCGAUAAUGUAUUGACAACGGAACCGAAGAAGGAGUCAGCGAAAACCUCUCCCACUUCACACGUAAAGAUAUCUCCCAUAAAAGGAGACUUCAAGGCACGAUUUUCCGAUCCCCCUGCGCCUCCGCCUCAGCAACCUCUUCCCGAAAAACCAGACUGCCCUCCACAUCAGCCUCUUCUGCGUAGAAUUGACACCGAGAGACCGAAAAGCAGUGGGUCUCCUAAACGAACCGAUUCACACCACCAGAUAUCAUCUCUCGCCGAAGCUUUGACGUCAGCAAAGAAGGAGAUUGAGUCUCAAAGUUUGCGACUGAAGGAUCUAGAGACGCUUCUUGCCGAAGAGCGGCUCGCAAGAGAGAGCGCGGAGGAGCGAGCCCAGCGGCUCGAGCUGGAGCGCAAGGACGACACUUUCGAGGAGACAACCACCAUACCUGAAAUGAAUGGAGUUGUCCCCGACCCGGAAGAGUCUGAGCCUAUACUAGAUAAAGAUGGCCAGGUAGAGAGGGAGUCAUCGCCAACGGAUUUCGCGACUGUUCGACUCCAACAACGACUGGAGCUGAUGAUCGCCGAAAUGGACGAAAUGAAGAGCAAGAUGGAGCAGUACCGGCAACGGGCCGAGACUGCAGAAGCGGAGAGCGAAACGCACCGGAAGACGCUGUCAGAGAUGGUUGAGAAGAUCAGGCAUGACGACGCCAACCGAGCACGACGGGAAGCCGUCAAGCAGCACAAGCGUAGCCAAAGUGAGCUUUCAGAGGGCCACCUCCCCGUGGGUGUCGAUGGUUCCGAGGAUGAAGGCGAGAUUCCGAUUGUCAACGAUAACAGCAUGGACGUUGACGACGCCGACGCAUUGUUACGACGGGUCGGCAUCCAGAACGGCAGAGCUGUCAGCCCUGAGCAGGCUGCAGCAGUGCAGAAGGCCAACUCUCAGGCACUAGCGCAGUGGUCGAAUGCUCACGGUAUUACCUCUCUCCAGGGAGCCUCAGCUACGAGCAUUCUUGUGGUUGUUUUGGGCUUCGGUGUAAUGUCGUACCUGAACAACUUCUACCCGAAGGUGGAGCGGUGAAGAUGGUCAGGAUAUCUGCACUGAUGUCCUGCGCACUGUCGCCACGAGUGGGGGCUGGGGAUGAAAGAAGCGGAGAGGGAGGAGAGCAAGACGCCAUGGCGGAGGCAAUGGGGCAGAAGAGCGUGACGUCUUCUCCGAACUGCUGCAGUCCGGGUGGCAGAUGGUUGGCUACGCAGCGACGGCU